CUAGGAUAUGUUCGAAGCAUUUUGCUGAUGAAGCUUUUACGAAGCCCUUACAAGAACAUCUACUAGGUUAUUCACCUACACGAACUAGGAAGAUACAUCCUGAUGCUAUCCCGACGUUGCAUCUCCAUGCAGUACCUCCACUAACAUCAAACGAAAAUGUGUUAGCUGAAACAAUGCCUUUGCCUACACCAGCAUCGUCCAGUACAGAAGAACAGACAGCAGCAUCGUCCAGUACAGAAGAACAGACACCAGCAUCGUCCAGUACAGAAGCUAUCAUGUUACAAAUACGUCGUCUAGAAGCCCAGGUAGCCACACUGAAAAAACCAAAAGACGAUAAAGAACUCAUGGAACAAAAAAUGACGGAGUUAUUGGGAAAAAUGUUUAGUCCAGGACAAAUACGGAUGAUAUUGAAUCCUUCAUUGCGGAAAAUAAAGUGGUCUUCUGAAGAUAUCGCACGUGCUAUAUCCUUGCGAUGUGUCAGCCCAAAGGCAUAUCGUUAUAUGAAGAAUGUUUUGCAAAUGCCACUUCCAGGCCUUUCAACACUAAGAAGGCAAAUCGAACGAAUCGAUCUUUGUAUCUCCUCUUAGCUGUGAUGUCGAAGAGUCCGUGUUAACAGAUAUGCUUGCGUCCUAUGUUGACGAAAAAGUUACUACUAUAACUAGUUAUGAAGAAGAAGAGAUAUGUUUUGAUGAAGCAUAUGAACCUUCUGCGUUGGAUUCGUGCGCAAUUAUUCCAAGUUAUGAGGAAGAACAGUUGUUACAGAAAUUAGAAGAUUUUAAUAUUAGCGAGGCUAUCGAAGAAGAGGGUUUAAAAUAUAUAGCCGGAUACGUAGCAUUUAGAUUUAAAAGCACAGAUAAAACAUUAGGUAUUGAAACGCGCCAAUUGGAAACAACGGGUGACCAAGAUUGGCUGCAAGUUAUUUCGCGAGGAAAAUGUAUGUAUCCGAGUGACAAAUUAUUACAAUGUGCUCGUAUAAUGAAUAUUGAGUUUGCUAAAUAUCACGGAUCCAGUUUGAAUAAAGAAAAUCUUAUAUUUCAAAACUUAGCAAAAAUAAUAGAACCACAAUUGAAAAUUAAAAUACCGAGAGAGGCAUUACUAUGCCUCAUUAGGACUAGGACAUAUAUUAGGCUGCGCGAAAUGAACCGAGCGAUUGCAAGCGCAAAUCACAGGCAAAAAAGAAGAAAGAUGUCAAAAUUUACUAAUAAAAAACCUGUAUAUUAAAUAUUUGCAUUUAUUGUUAUUUGAUCUUUUAUCUGCAUCUUUCCUCUGCAUAUAUAGUUCUUUAUGUCGUACGCCACAAUAUAUUUUUGUUUUGCGUCUCA